AUGCCAAUCGCGGCUCUUCCCCAGAGCACUGUCCGAGCAAUUGGCUCAACUUCCGUCGUCUCAGAUCCCUGCUCUAUAGUCAAGGAACUGCUGGAUAACUCGCUCGAUGCAGGCGCAACUGCUGUUUUCAUUGAGGUAUCCCAGAACACGGUCGAUGUGAUUCAAGUAAAGGACAAUGGCCAUGGUAUUACGUCUGGAGAUCAUCCUUUGGUCUGCAAACGCGCAUUUACCAGCAAGAUUUCCACUGUCGAGGAUCUCAGCGGACUCGGUGGGAAGUCCUUAGGCUUUAGAGGCGAGGCGCUGGCCAGUGCUGCUGAAGUUUCUGGUGGAGUGACGAUUACUACUAGAACUGCGGCUGAGCCGGUCGGGUCCGUCCUCAAAUAUGGGAGAAAUGGCGACCUCCUUAGUACUCAACGGGCAUCACAUCCUGUGGGAACUACAGUCCGGGUCACGGACUUGUUCAAGCACAUCCCCGUUCGAAGACAAACGGUGCUUAAAGGCACCACAAAAACUCUCGCUCGAAUCAAGAAAAUUAUACAGUCAUAUGUCGUUGCUCAGCCAACGAUCAGAUUAUCCCUGAAAGUCCUCAGAGCAAGCAGUGAAAAGGCUAAUUGGGUGUAUGCACCUAGCAAGGAUGCGACGCUCAAGGAUGCAGGACUCAAAGUUGCUGGCACCGAAGUCGCCUCCGCUUGCAUAUCCAGACAGUGGCCUUGUAUUUCUAACUCAAAUUAUGAAACUGGAGACUCCAAUGGGCCUACCCUAAAGUUGAUAGCGCUACUAGCCAACCCGGAAGCUGGUUUAGAUUACUCAAAAGCAAGUAGUGGAGGGCAAUUUGUCAGCGUUGAUGGUAGGCCACUUUCGCCAACAAGGGGGAUUGGACAGGAGAUCACAAAACUCUAUCAGUCGUAUCUGCGAGCGGCUGCCUCCCAUGACGACUAUCCACGAAAUAUAUCAGACCCAUUUCUUUGCUUACACAUCCGCUGUGAUGAAGCUUGUUACGAUGUAAACGUCGAACCAGCCAAGGACGAUGUUCUCUUCGAAGACCAGGAGCAUAUCCUGUCGCUGGUGGCGGAUCUGCUUCGAGAUGUCUAUGGUGAGGCCCCUGGCAAAGCAGGGAAGCGCAAGACACCCGCCAAAGGGAAGGGAAGAAUGGACAACAACAACGACGCUUUCCACUUGCUCCUAGCCCAUAAGGAGCCGGUGGUGUCUUCUCCUGAAACGGUGCGUAAUGAUUAUAAGCCACCGAAUUUUAUCUCUGCUAGCUCGCUCUUUCACUUGAGAAGAAGUCAGAAAAGUCUCCCAAAUGAACAGCGAGCGUUUGGUGGAGAGGGGUCCCCAAGCUCAUCAGGUACCUCGGGAAGCAGGGACUUGGAAGGCCUCAAUCCCUGGUCCGUGACUCGCUUGUAUGCCCCUACUGGUGCAUCAUCACACAGAACUCCGUAUAAGAGUCCUACGACGACUGGACAGCUAAGCCAUCCUGAGCAGGGCUCGGAGCCGCAACCUUCACUGGUAGCAGCAAACAGAGACACAGCGGCUUCAUCUUCGCCCAGUGUAUCGACACCCAAUUCGAGACUUACGGACUCACCAACAGACUCACGAUCCUCAGGAUCCGUUUCCAAUCUAGCACAGACUUCACCAAUCACUCCCCUACAAAAUCCAUCAAUUCGUUCAAGAGCUUCAAGACAACGCGACAGGGAGCGAUAUGGUAAUGGAGCUCUCGAUACAUGGUUCCAGAAGACUACACAAGUAUCUCUCCGCGAAGAGCCAACGGUACAGCAACCCGAAAAUGACGCCGACGAGGCUCCACUUUCUCAGCUUGCGCAGGAGCGCUUUGCAGCGAGCGGAGCUUUGUCUGGAGAUUCAUCAGGAAAUGUCGACGCGAGCCCAAUCCAAGUAGUCGCCAAUAAGUCGCCCGAGAGUAUCCCAUCACACCCACCAUCGGCUCCCAGCUGCAAUCGUCCUUCAGACGCUGUACCGAGACGGCUAGACCAGUGGUCUGCAAGGCUUCACCGGCAGCCAAGUCCCGACCACAACGCGGAACUAGAAAGGGCAAUGGACUUUGAGAACCGCAAGAGGGAAGCGAUCCUCAAGUUCCGGGAGCAGAGAAAGAGCAACCGCGACACAACCUCGAACUCGCCUCACCUGAGCAGAUACCUAGCUGCAAAAGCCGCCCUGAACUCGGACCCCAGAAUCAGCGCAGAGCAAGAUAUGCUGGGCUCCGACAGCAGCAAUCCUAACCCCAGGCUCAACCCGCACGACCCGAGGUUCUAUCUCAUGCGCCAGAGGAGCAUGCACGACCAGCGGAAAGCGUCCGGCGAUCAGACGAAAAUCCGCCGGCUCCACACGAGCAAAUUGCCCCUAGAGAAGAUACCGGACGGGUAUGACCUGCAUGAUGUUUGCCUGGUGCAGCCUGGGGGUCUGUCCUCGAUUGCCGAGGCCUUUCAGGAGCUAUACCAGCGGGAUCUAUAUACGCAGAACGAAGAUCGGUUUGCAGGGUUUACCGCAUCGGAUAUGAUCCAUCUUGACUCAUGGAACGGCCAGAUAGUGGCCUUAAUUAAAGAAUCAUAUCGGACUACUCAAGGAUCCGAGAUACCUAGAGUUGAAAUAAACCUUUCCGAUCUACAGCGGCGUCUGGGGGAUCUAGAACAGUGA